UUUUUUUUUUAAUUUCAAUCGGUGGCGUUACUAACUGAGAACUAGGAUUAUUAUGUUUGCAUAACGUAUAUUUUUAUAAAAUAUCGUCAGUCCUGUCUAUAUAUUUAAGUAGUGUAAUUUUUAUGUAUGGCAUAAUAAAUAAUUUAGUUUAAUUAAAUUAAAUUUAUUUCAUUUUCUGACUAGCGUAGACUACUGUAGAUUUAUUACAUUUUUGAAUCGAAGUCCUCAGGUACUUUCAGUUCUAAAUAAAUUUGUAUAAACUACAUAUAUUAUCAUAUUUUCUAUCAAAUUGUAUAAUAUUGAAGUUAUUGUUUUAGAUUACAAGGAAACAUAUUUUUUAAGAAUUUUCGAUUCACGUGCUCUGAUCUACUUAUGUUUCAAACAUGGAAUUAGUAGGUAUUGAAGUACUUAUUAAAUCCAUGGUUUCAACAUUAUAUUUAUUUAAUCAAUGACAAAUAUAACCUUAUUAGGUAACUGUACUCUCUACCAUGAUCUUUGGUUCAAUGUCAAAAUGAUUUGAUUUUAUACGCAUCAAGUGGCUUAGAUUAUUAUUUUCCUAAUUAUUUUCAUAGGAAUUAUUAAUAGGUGUUAACUAAAAAAGUAUAAAGAUCAAGAAGAAUAAACACAUAUUGAUGCAUAGGUUAAGGAAACAGAAGACAGUGAAGCAGAACAAAUUAUUCUUAAGAAUACUCUUAAAAUAAAUACCAAAUUGAAUAAAAAAAUAGUAACGCAUGUAUAUUUUGGAAGACCAUGGAUGGGUGCUACGAUAACGAUGAGCCAUUUAUUUAUCGGCUUAAUGAUAACGGAUCGGGGCCCAGUUUGCUUAUAAAGGUUUGUGCGGAACGUGGCUGGCGCAUGUACCAGGGAUACAGCGGCAACGAGGAGAGAUGGAACCUUUGGUGGCGAACUAGUUCCUUCCCGGCCGGAUGCUACAAAGCGCUAGGCGAUGGGCAGUUUAUGAAUCACAUCCCGAAGGGAGGGUCAAUAUGCCGGAAAGAUGGCCUCUCAAGACUGCUGCGGUGUAUGCGACGAGUCUACGGCUCCAUAUACGAUUUCAGCCCGCCGUGUUUUCACCUGCCCCUGGAGUACGCCAAGCUGGUGUCUGAGUGCUCCCGGCUCCGGCGCACCGAGGAAGACGCCGGCAACGUGGUCUGGAUCCACAAGCCGGUUGCGCAGAGCCAGGGCCGGGGCAUCUUCCUCUUCAGGAGUAUCUGCGAGAUGCGAUGCGGGAGUUCAGCAGUGGUUCAGCGGUACAUCGAGCGGCCACUGCUCAUAGCGGGCUACAAGUUCGACCUCCGGCUGUACGUGUGCGUGCCCGCGUACCGCCCGCUCACUGCGUACCUCUACGCUGAGGGACUGGCCAGGUUUGGGACCGACAAAUAUACUUUAACGGAUAUCCACAACCCUUACAGACAUUUAACUAAUUCGUCGCUGAAUAAAAGUGGACCAAGAUAUGCUGAGUGCAAGGACCGAAUAGGAAGCGGUUGUAAGUGGACACUGAAGCAAGUAAGACGAGCGUUGACUGGCCGCUGGGGCGCAGCAGAAUGGCUGGUUUGGCAGAGGAUCCGAGCGCUGGUCACUCUCACGCUACUGGCGCAGGCGACUGGCACCCCUCCUGCGAGGAACUGCUUCGAAUUCUACGGAUUUGAUGUCUUGCUCGAUGACAGCUUGAAGCCGUGGUUGCUUGAGGUGAAUUUGUCUCCAGCAUUAGCGGCAGACUGCGAGGCGGACGUGACGGUAAAACAGCCGAUGCUGCACGAGCUGUUUGACCUGCUCGGACUGCCGAUGAGGCACACGGGGCUCGCGCUACUGAGGGGGCACAACCCGCACAAUCCGCUCAACCCUGUUAGAGUUAACAGCUUCAGCUCAGAAGACGAGAGCGGCGCUCCCCGCGCUCCACCUCCCAAAUCAGCGAGUCGCGCGCGUACCGCCGGGGGGAGGCGACGGCGCCGCGUCAUGCCGCUACACUGUGUCACCAUACAGCCGCCCCUCAACGAUGAUGCGGAUACAACGGAAGUGAAUAAGGAAGAGAAUAGUACGGGCGAGUCAAAAUCCUCUGUGGAAAGUCCAGAUAAUUCUGAUAUUCAGUCAGUCCAGUCAACGUCUAGCCUGACGUCUGCGGAACCAGUGGAUGAACCUUGGAAAGGGGGAUAUUCCUCAGCAGCCUCGCGCCGCCGCAUGAUGAGCGCGGCCGCUUGGGGCAACGGGGUCCUCUGGAACAAGGCUGUAGGGAGACAAGGGGGGUGGGUUAGGAUAUACCCACACACACUGCCCAAUGAGGACCAAAUACCAGUAGACGUUCGUGAAAGUGUUACUCAAGUAUCGAAGUAUCUUAGAGCUGCUAGAGAAGUGGUUCGCGAGGGAGGACGCGAUAUAAAGGGACCACGAGACGCAGGCCGCGACGUCGCGUUCGAGGCCGCGCUCCGCAAGAAGCUGGAGUUUGGUCAAGACCUCGAAGUCUGGCUGCCACCCUUCUGAUGUGUUCAUUCAUUAUAUUAGUUGUAAGCCUAGUUAGUUAAUAAAU